AUGAGGUGGGCCCUCUGCCGCGGGUCGACCGGGCCUGCCCAGUCGCUGGCCGUCGGGCCGCUGUUCGCGGAGUGCACCCCUCCCGCCCGGCAUCGGGCAAUGGUGGAGAUGCCGACGCUGACGCAGACGCAGGGCAGCCUCGGAAGAGAAGUUCCCGCGCGGGUUAGGCGCGUAAGGGCCGGCCUGGGAGCCAUGGGUGAGUCGGAGUACUCUUUCUCGCUGACGACCUUCGCGCCCUCGGGAAAGCUGCUUCAGAUCGAGUAUGCCCUGAACUGCGUUGCCGAGGGUCGUCCGGCACUUGGCAUUAAGGCGAAAAACGGCGUUGUCCUCGCCACUGAGAAGAAGAUGGCCAGCGUGCUGAUCGAGGAUACCUCGGUUCAAAAGGUCGAGAACCUGUCCGACAGCGUCGGCCUGGUCUAUGCCGGGCUGCCCCCGGACUUCAGGCCCUUGUUGAAGAAGGGGCGGAAGGAGGCGCAGAUGUACUUCACCCAGUACCGCGAGCAGAUCCCGACGUCGCAGAUCGUGCGCAAGAUGGCGGCCAUCAUGCAGGAGUCCACGCAGCAGGGCGGAGUGCGGCCGUUCGGGGUCUCGCUGCUGAUGGCCGGCUACGACGAGAACGGGCCGCAGCUCUUCCAGGUGGACCCCUCGGGGUCAUACUUCGGGUGGAAGGCCUCUGCCAUCGGGAAAAACCAUGUGAACGCCAAGUCCUUCUUGGAGAAGCGUUUCACCGAAGACAUUGAGCUAGAGGACGCGAUCCACACCGCCAUUUUGACCCUGAAGGAGGGGUUCGAGGAGGCCAUCACUGCCGAGAACAUCGAGAUUGGUGUCGUCGGCGAGGACCGCAAGUUCCGCGUGCUGACACCUGCCGAGGUGCAGGACUACCUCGGCGAGGUGGAGUGAGGUGGGCGGCUCCCCGCGACGUCUCGGGCGGGCGACGGCGACGUCUCGGGUGGGCGGUGGGCAGCGGGCGGUCCGCAGAGGCCUCGGAGCGCACUGUCGGUGGACGGGGGCGGCUGCUGCUCUCUGGGUGGCCCUCCGAUCCGGCCUGGUGUCCGCGAGUGGCGUGCAGCAUGGGCGGGGAGACGACUGCGAGAGAGUGAGAGCAUGUCAGAGGCUGUGGAUGGACGGAUGGGCUGGGGAUCUGGUCGGAAAGCCAGCGGUGUUGCCGUGUGGUCACUGACAUUCGGCUGGCGUGUUGCGUUGCAAUCGCGCUCUCCUGGCUCUGCUCCUCUCUUCUGCUGGCCUUCCCGGAUCUGCGCGCGCACCCGUGCAGCCGGGGCGGCAGAGGACUUUGGGGAGCUCGAGCGGGUAAAAGUGCCAGCGUUGCAGGCGUGCGACGCCGGCACUCGUGGGCGCACGCCCCCCUCCAGACAAGCCACAUGAGUAGCCACGGCCCUCACCGUAGAGAUCGUUGCCCCCCCCCUGGGCGGGCCCUGCGGCUGCGACGCAAGCCUCUUGGGAGGAUCGAGACGGGUACGGAAAGGACCGAUCCUGGUUUGCCUGUAUGCUUGCCGAUUCGGCUGCUGGUCAGCAUGUGUCUCUGCAGAUGCGCGUCGGUGUGGUUGGAGGCGCAACUCGCAUUUGCGCGCGCACCCGCUUCUCCGCAGGCGCGGAUACGGAGGACCGCCGUGGAAUCGACGGCUGCACGCGUGCUGGCCACGCAGGGAUCGAAGAGGAGGGACGGACGGCGC